CCGCCAUUCCAGCCACCCUGCGGCUGCUCGCAGGUCACUUUCAUCCGAAUCCUCCUUCUAGUGGCCUUGGGCUCACUGGUGCUUCUCGCUUUGUGUCUUGGAAUCGGUCUGGGAGUGGGCGUUCCUCGAGGACCCAGCUACCCGGUGGCGACUCCUUGGUGGCGCAGAGGUCUCUUCUAUCACCUGCAUCUUCCAACCUUCGCUAACGACGUGGACGGACCUAUUGGAAGACUUAGCGACGCGAUCGCUCGGUUUCCCUACAUCAGUGACAGGGUGAUGACCGCGUGUUUUUAG